UGAUGUACGCUUGUGCCGUACGCUUCGUUGUACUUAGUUCGGUUACAAGCUAGUAGCAGUUGCACAUCAGCUGGAUAAACUAAAAAUGUUGAAGAGAAAACCAUCUAAUGUGUCUGAUAAGGAGAAAAGUCAAAAGCCAAAGCGCACAAGCAGCUUUGGAAGCUUUGACCGUUUCAGGCAUCACUCGGUAUCAAAGACAGAUGAUUCAGCUGAGAUAUCUGAGUUGGAGACUAUAAGUGACAUUGGAGAUGCAGUACAAACUAAAGCAGCAAAUAAUGGAGGAAGUUUGGGUAAGAAGAUGAGAGCCAUUUCCCUUACCAUGAAGAAAAAGAUGGGCAGAAAGUACAUCAAAGCACUGUCUGAGGACAUGAAUGAAGAAGGAAAAGAUGACAGUGAUCCUGGUGGUGGAAUACACACUGAGAAGGUCUCCCUAAAAGCCAGUGACUCUAUGGAAAGUCUCUACAGUCUAAACAGUGGCCAGAGCUCAUCCAGUGGGGUGACCAGCUGCUCAGACGGAACGAGCAACAGGGACAGCCUCCGGUUUGAUGAUGAAGUCCCUUACAGUGGGCCCUUCUGCGGUCGAGCCAAAGUUCACACCGACUUCACACCCAGUCCUUAUGACACCGACUCUCUGAAAAUCAAGAAAGGAGACAUUAUAGAUAUAAUCUGUAAAACCCCCAUGGGCAUAUGGACAGGCAUGCUGAACAACAAAGUAGGAAACUUCAAGUUCAUUUACGUGGACGUUAUCUUGGAAGACGAAGCUGCACCCAGAAAGAUAAAGCCGCACAGAGGAAGCAAAAGGACCAAGCCUAAAACAUUGCAAGAGCUCCUGGAUUGUGUCCACCUGCAGGAAUAUGCCUCAACCCUCUUGCUAAAUGGCUAUGAAACUCUAGAGGACUUAAAGGAUCUACAAGAAAGCCACCUGAUCGAAUUAAAUAUUUCAAACCCAGAAGACAGGGCAAGGUUUUUAUCUGCAAUUGAAAAUCUACAGGACUACGACAUUGAACAACAGCAGAACAUUGAGGGUGGUCAGGAGACGCAGAGCUUAAGCCCUCACCACAGCUUUGACAAAUCACAGUUAAAUGACUGCCCAAGAGAUUCUGGCUGUUACAUCUCAUCAGAAAAUUCAGAUAAUGGUAAAGAAGAAGCAGACGCAGAAACCCUGUCUGACAUGGUGCAGUCAAUAACAAUCACUGAGUCAAACUGAUUCAGUCCUGCCGGCUUUUCUGCAGACUUUUGGAAAAGACAAUCAGAUUUGCUGGUAUGAUGGCACAGAAGCAGAAAACAAAAUAAUCUCAACAGCGAAAAUCUACUCCUGUCUGAUGUAUGAUGCUCUAGACUGUUUAAUAUGUGGACAUUUGAUAGCUAAAUGUUAGCUGAUGAUAAGAAUAUCUCAUGCUUUUCGUUU